CUCUUGCUAGCAAUUCGCUAUCAGCGGGAAUGGCGUCCAUGGCAGCCUUCCUCGCUAGUUCUCCGGCCGUUUCCUACCGGAGUCAGGGUGCCAGCUACCGGACGACGACCACCCAGUUCACCAAAUCGAUCAGUUUUAGUGCCGCUGUCGACUUUUCUCCAAAGGUCCUCCGAAGAAGGCGGGAAUGCUGCUCGGUUCGAUGCGGUCUGAUCGAGCCGGACGGCGGGCGCCUCGUCGACCUCGUCGUCCCCGAGUCCCGGAGGGACGAGAAGCGCCGUAAGGCCUUCGCGUUACCGAGGAUCAAUCUCUCGAGGAUUGACCUCGAGUGGGCUCACGUCCUCAGCGAGGGCUGGGCCAGCCCACUCGCCGGAUUCAUGCGGCAAUCCGAGUUCCUCCAAACGCUUCAUUUCAAUUCAGUGCGGCUCACCGACGGUUCGCUCGUGAACAUGUCGGUGCCAAUCGUCCUCGCCGUCGACGACGGGCAGAAGGAGGCGAUUGGGGCGUCAAAGAGCGUCGCGCUCUUCGACCCCGCCGGCCUUAAUCCGAUCGCCAUCCUCAACGACAUUGAGAUUUUCAAACACAACAAAGAAGAGCGAAUUGCUAGAACAUGGGGAACCACUGCCCCUGGGCUGCCUUAUGUAGAGGAGGCAAUCACCAAUGCUGGAAACUGGCUUGUAGGUGGAGACCUAGAGGUGAUCGAGCCAAUCAAAUACAAUGAUGGGCUUGACCAGUAUAGGCUGUCUCCUGCACAACUGCGUGAUGAAUUCAGCAAGCGAAAUGCAGAUGCGGUCUUUGCGUUCCAGCUUAGGAACCCUAUUCACAAUGGUCAUGCACUACUGAUGACUGACACUCGCAAACGCCUUUUGGAGAUGGGCUAUAAGAAUCCAGUGUUGCUUCUUCAUCCGUUGGGAGGUUACACAAAAGCAGAUGAUGUUCCUCUUAGUUGGAGAAUGAAGCAACAUGAAAAGGUUCUUGAGGAUGGUGUUCUAGACCCAGAGACAACUGUCGUGGCAAUUUUCCCUUCUCCCAUGCAUUAUGCUGGUCCAACUGAGGUGCAGUGGCAUGCCAAGGCCCGCAUAAAUGCAGGUGCCAACUUUUACAUUGUUGGAAGAGAUCCAGCUGGCAUGGGCCAUCCUAUUGAAAAAAGGGAUCUCUAUGAUGCUGAUCAUGGGAAAAUGGUAUUAAGCAUGGCACCUGGGCUUGAGAGACUCAACAUACUGCCAUUUAGGGUUGCUGCAUAUGACAAGACACAACAUAAAAUGGCUUUCUUUGAUCCUUCAAGACCACAGGAUUUUCUGUUCAUCUCAGGAACAAAGAUGCGGACACUUGCAAAAAAUCGAGAGAAUCCACCCGACGGAUUCAUGUGCCCAGGUGGCUGGAAGGUUCUGGUUGAGUACUAUGAAAGUCUUGCUCCUACAGGUAGCAGCAGCAAAACUCGUGAACCUGUUCCUGUUUGAUAUCAAGUUUGCUGUUGGAACAUAUCUGUGGAACUUCUUUGUAUAAUGUCAUCAGAACUAUGCAUUCUCGUAACAAGCUCAAGCUAGCACCUUGGGCAACAAUUGACAGGCCGGCAUUGUGAUGCUUGUGUUUGUAAAAUAGUUUGCUGCCAUGGAACCUUAAUAGGCAAUAGCAUUUGGAACUGAAGCAACUGAACAGUAUGAUGCUUCUUGUUCUCGAUGGUUGUCUGUGGCUACAAUUCCCUGCUUCGUGUAGGGUUUAUCACUUGUACUAAUAAGACUGGCCAUUGUUGGUUAUUUAUCUAUUUGGUGUGCUUAUAA